AUGUCUUUUCAUGAUGACACCGAUAAUGUUCAUCCCUCAGUUAAUGAUUUAUAUUUGGAUCAACCAUGUACAAAAAAAGAAUUAUAUGGUAAUGAAUCAUUUGGCUUUGGUUCCAUGCAAGGAUGGAGAAGAUCACAGGAAGAUUCUGCAAAACAUUUAAUUCCAUUUGAUAAUCAUUUAUGGAAAAAUUGGUCUUAUUAUGCUAUUUUUGAUGGUCAUAAUGGUGUUCAGACAGCAAAAAAUGCUGCUGAUCUUCUCGAUAACUAUCUUAUACAAAUGUUUAAGAGAACAGAAACGAAAAUGAAUGAUGAUCAAUUUGAUGAAAUUAUUAAAAAAACUUUUAUUCAAUUGGAUAAACAUUUAAGCCACUUAGUGAGAGAUCAUAGUGGUUCUGUUUGUAUAGCAUCUUUAAUUGGACCAAAAAAUAUUUUUUUAAUUAAUGUUGGAGAUUCUCGAGCGAUUAUUAUUUCAAAAGAUGGACAAGUUUUAGCAUCAACGAAAGAUCAUAAACCAACUGUUAAAAAAGAACAAGAACGUAUUCGUAAAGCAGGAGGUCAUCUAACACAAUCGCCUGGUGAUGUCUUACGUGUGGAAAAUCAACUUGCUAUGACGCGUGUAUUAGGAGAUUAUUCAUUAGAUAAAAAUAUUAUCCCGGCUGUACCUGAUAUUAUUCAAUAUGUAAGAGAUUCCUCAGCAGCAUAUCUUAUUCUUGCCUGUGAUGGUAUUUGGGAUGUUAUGGAUAAUGAACAAGUUGCCAAAUUUGUUUCUGAACGAAUACCAAAUACAGCUUUGGAUAACAUUAUCUCCCAGUUAUUCGAUCAAUGUUUACAAAAAGAAUCUUCAGAUAAUAUGACUGCUUAUAUUGUUCAACUCGAUCGAAAUUGA